AUGGACCCCACCAAUGCCGUCCUCGAGCUGUCACAGGAUCAAGACCUGGAAGUUUCAUUACUGGACAAGGAUGACUCAAGCCAAUCCGACCCUGAUGCGUCUGCACCCGACUGUGAAACAGCAUCGCUUUUUUCCAAGAUUGAUGCGCGGAAUCCGCUACUUCUGAUAGCUCUGAUCGCCUUUUGCAUCAAUUGCCAGCCUUCCGAGCCCUAUUUGGCUGCCUACCUCGAUGAUGUCAAGAAUCUGACCGAGCAGCUUACGUCUGGCCCGCUGAUACGUACCCGUAUGCUGCUCCUCUUUGGCCACGGCCUUUUGCCCGUCGUGCUCAGUCAGAUCACAUAUGCUGCCUCCUCCGUCCUCAACACCGCGCUCUUUACCAUCCUCUAUACGGUCCUACCCACGGAGCACUUUGCUCGUGCCACGGGCUGGACGCGGGGUUGUUACCAUUGCGGCAAUGUGGUGGGUGCUCUCGUGGCUCAGGCACUUGUUUCAUACGCUCAUUGGCACGGGCGACGCAUGGACCUACUCUUUGUCUUCUCCUGCAUCAUGACCACACUGGGCUGCAGCGUUUAUUUGUAUGGACGCUGGCGGUGCCCCGCCCUUGGGCAACGUCCCGACAAGGUCGUAGCCAGCGCUGCAUUCCCAAUUGUAAGAUCACACCGUAGCUCUGGUUUUGGUGUGCUGGUACGGCGCCUCUGGCGAGACUAUCAGGACCCCCACAUGGCUUUCUGGAGCGUCAUUUUCACGUUUGGCUAUGCUGCCACCUUUGUCUUUGGCAACUACUACCAAACCUUGCUGACAUACCACUACACUCAUGUGCCUUAUGGGCUGAUUGAAGCAGUGCUGGAGCUAGGAUCCGUGGCUGGUACCACGUUGGCAGCGACCAGCCGUGGUACUUGGGCUGUCCAUGCACGACCACAAGCCAUGGCCUGGCUCGCCACCUUGGUAGCAGCGGGUGCAACUUUUGCGGCCGCCUUCUGGCACGCGAAGCAGGGUGUUUUCAUUGCUCUUAUUGUGGCACAGUCUUUGGCGGCCCGGUUUUUGUUGGCGGCUGCCGCAACGCAAAGUGCGGCCCAUCAGCGCUCUGAGCAAUUUGCAGCCGCCACCACCGUCAAUUCUUUCAUUGGGCUGGCCUUGACCAGUGUGGUCAUUGCGUGCAUCUCAACUCGUCCAAAUGCACCCACAAGUAAUUACCUGGCGGCCGCUGCUACUCUUACCGUUGCUGGAACAGCACUGGCCUCGUUCGUUUACCGAGUUGUGCAGUGGCAGCGACAACGUGCGGCGCAGCGUGCUUCGAUAAUCAAUGAAGGAACGUCGGCACAGAGUUGUAGCCUUGCGUUUGACCCUAGUCAUUGUCGUUCCGCAGCCUGA